AUGGUGCAGGGCAUUCCUAAUGGCCUAGGAGUUCUCCUCUCGGUGUUGGGAUCCACGUAUUCCGGUGCAAUGAAGAGUGGAAAGAAGCAUGGAGAGGGAGUGGAGCUGCAGACGAACGGGGCCAAUUAUUCGGGGGAAUUUCGUGACGGAGUUGCGAGUGGAUAUGGCGUUUACGUCGGCACUUUUGGGGACAAGUAUAUCGGACAGUGGGAAGACGGCGCGCGUCAUGGCAUUGGGGUGAAUGUAGAUGCAGAAGCUGUCAUGGCAGCAACACAAUUCAACAUGGAUGAACCAAUGUUCGAGAGCUACAACGCAGGUUUAUCUUGGGGAGAAGACGUGCAGCUUCAUGUUCUACGUGCUGUGCUCGCUGAGACAGCAGCGACAAGCAACCAAGAACUCGCUCGACAACGUCACAUCGACGCUGUCGUCCAGGGUAUGACGACCAUCGGAUCGGAGACUUUCAAGACGACCAAGAAAAUAGAAGUGUUCGAGGCCAAAGAUGAACUGGAAACUGCAAACUUUAUCCGUGACCAGAGCGACCAGAUGCACGAGGUCAACGUCGUCGCCAGGGAGCUUAAGCUCAAUGAGGCGCAGCUCACUCAACGUCAGAAGGAGUUGCGAGCUGAGAUCGUCACCAAACGUCAGGAAUUAUCCUCGGUAGCCAAGUAUUGUGCACUGGUCGAGACGCGUGAGGCUCAGGUACGAGAGGCAGAGCGCACACUGGUCACCUUGCAGCGGCAGUUGGAUGUGCUCAGUUGUGCGAGCACAAGCGAUGCGGAUUGCCACGUACCCAACGGUCUAAGCUUGAGCCAGAUUUUAUUGGCUAAACCUAGUUUGAGCCAAUGA